UUUUUAUUAAUUCUAUGAUAUUUUUGUUACCCUUUUCUGUUUUUGUUCUUGGUUUUUUUAUAAUCUAGUUUUCUUGGAAAAUUAGUGAGUGUUUGAGUUUUGUUUUAAUGUGUGUUCAGCAGAAGGCAAAAAAGUUCAAACUUUUAUUUGAAUUCUUUUUCAAAAAACAUCUUUUUGAUAUUCUAUGAUGUUCUUGUUGCCCUUUUUCCAACUUUCAUUAGUAUUUUUUUAUAAAAAAAACAUUUUUUUAAUUAAUUUUAUGAUGUUGUAGUUACCCUUUUCUGUUUAUGUUGUUUAAUGGGGUUUAUGUAAUCUAGUUUUCUUGGAAAAUUAGUCUUAAUGGGAAGUGUUUGAUUUUUCUGAGUUAGUCCAAAUUGGUUGAUUUCUGGUUUGUUUUAAUGAAUGUUUAGCAGAAGGCAAAAAAGAUUCCAACUUUCAUUUGAAUUCUUUUAAAAGAACAUCUUUUUGAUUGAUCUGAUGUUUCUUGUUGCCCUUAUGUCUUUCGGAAACAGUUUCUCUAUCUCUACACUUUUUUUGUUGUAUGUUCUUGUUGCCAUUUUCUGUUUUUAUUCUUUAUGAGUGUCAUAUCCUCUGUUUUUCUGGGAAGAUUAGACUUAUUAAGAAGUGUUUGAUUAAUUAGUGUUAGUUUUUUCUAUUAACUGCUGACUAUUGGUUUGUUUUAAUGUGUGUUUAGCAGAAGGCCAGAAAAAAACAUCUUUUUGAGUAAUGUUUUGAAGAUUUUGCUGGCUCUAACAUUUGCUUCGGCAGUGUACUGGAGAUAUCCGUUCUAGCUCAAGUGCUUCAGAUUCAGCAGUCUAUUCUCUUCUGAAAGAACCUUUGGUUUUUGAGAUGUCGUGAGUAGUUUUAGUGUAGAAAUUUGCUGAUCAGUGUCUUCCUUUGGCACAGCUCACAGUGAGUGAGUUACUUAUUGUCAGAUGCAAGCAUCUCAGGGACCUCAAAGGUCGUGUAGUGUACAUAAAUUGUACAAUAAGCCAAUGCAGCAAGUUCAGCAAAACUACACCCCUUGCCGUGCUUCUGACAACAGCAAUUAUAAUGAUGGUAGCAACUCCCAGGCACAGGUUUCUUUAACGACAGAGAAUGAGAAGUUCUUCACUGUGGACACAUUUCCGGCUACUGACUGUGCCAUCUACGAUGGAGAUCCUUCCGUAAGCGUCUCUUCCAACAGGAGUCCUUUCUCUUCUCAAUGUUCUCAGUCGAACAUGUUUGAGCAACGUCGUUCUUACGAGAAAACUGCUGGUUCACCUGUAAGUUUGUGUUCAGGAGUUGAUGACAGCAACGGGAAGAAGCAUGAGCUGCGGGAACUGAAUAAUAAGUUGCUAAGGCCUGAAUCCGAUAUUGAUGACAGCUGCAGUUGCUCAUUAAAUGGUGUAGUCUCAAAACAUUUUUCCUUGACAAGGCGGAAUCAAGUAUUGGACGUAGCCUCAAGAUUGGACUUGAAAGAGUUGCUUGUUGCCUGUGCUGAAGCAGUAGAUGAAGCUGAUACCUCGACUGCAGAAGUUCUGAUGGAUGCUUUGGAGAAAAGGGUAUCGGUUUAUGGGGAACCUAUGCAACGACUGAGUGCAUACAUGUUGGAAGGUCUAAGAGCACGAUUAUUGUCCUCCGGGAGUAACAUAUACAAAAAACUGAAGUGCAAUGAACCAACUAGCUCAGAAUUGUUGUCCUACAUGCAAGUCCUGUAUCACAUCACCCCUUACUUCAAGUUCGCUUAUAUGUCCGCCAAUGUUGUCAUAAGCGAAGCCAUGAAGAAUGAGAAUAGAAUCCAUAUCAUUGAUUUUCAAAUUGCACAGGGAAGUCAAUGGGUGUUCCUCAUCCACUAUCUGGCUCGUCGGCCUGGUGGUCCGCCAUUUCUUCGCAUCACAGGCAUUGAUGAUUCCCAAUCAGCUCAUGCACGCGGUGGUGGACUUCAGCUAGUUGGCGAAAGGUUAGCGAGCAUUGCCAAGUCCUGCGGAGUGCCUUUCGAAUUCCAUACUGCUGCAUUGUCAGGCUGUAUGGUCAAACUAGAGAACCUAAGAGUUAGACAUGGAGAAAGCCUGGCAGUUAACUUCCCUUACAUGUUGCACCACAUGCCAGACGAGAGCGUAAGCACUAUGAACCAUCGGGACCGCCUAUUAAGACUAGUCAAGAGCUUGUCUCCCAAAAUCGUGGCCUUAGUUGAACAAGAAAUGAACACCAAUACCGCCCCUUUCCUUCCAAGGUUCCGUGAAACUCUAGAUUACCACAAAGCAAUAUUCGAAUCAGUCGAUGUAACUCGCCCGAGGAAUGACAUGCAACGGAUCAGAUCAGAGGAGCAUUGUAUUGCACGGGAUGUUGUCAAUCUCAUAGCAUGUGAAGGGGCUGAUAGAGUGGAAAGGCAUGAAGUUUUUGGCAAGUGGAGGUCAAGACUUUUGAUGGCUGGAUUUACUCCAUGCCCGCUGAGUCCAUCGGUUGCUGAGGCCAUUAAGGUCAUGUUGAAGGAGUAUAGCUCAAAUUAUAAGCUUGCUGAAAGCCAGGGGGCGCUUUAUAUUGGAUGGAACAACAGAGCUUUAGCAACUUCUUCUGCUUGGCAAUUACCUCAUUCGCUGCCUUUGGGAUCUUGAUAUUAGCAUUUGGAAGAACAGAAGAGCCGAGACCGUUUCUUUGAAACUUUUUUCUUGUUAUAGAGAGGUAAGUCUCUGAAAUCUCGAGCUUAUAGGAGUUAGCAUAGGUAGUUAAGAUCUAUAGUAGACACCAUCAACUCAGCUGGUAUCUGUUAAUCAAACAUGAAAUUGAGAAUUCUGUUGUAAUGAACCAAACUUACCAGCUUACUUAACCAGAAGUUUAGUUUGUUGUGCCAACUUGUAAUGAUAAAUCUGUUUUGGGCAUAAAGUUUCUAUCUUGUGUUGUUCUUUUA